GUGGCUUAUUAAUUUUGGGCACCCACCCACAAUAUCCAGCAUGUGUGAAUAUGCGAUGGGGAUGAAGUUAUGUGUGAUUGGGAUGAAGUCGUAUCGUAUCGAGUAAAGCCGGUUGUAUCUCAGAAUGUGUAAAACUCGAUCAAUUCAACCUUCUCUGCAUUACUUACAAUCUUAGAUAUUCAACUCCUAACCUGUUAAUACUCAACUCAUAACUCAACUCAACUCAACUCAACGCCAUGGAUAUAUCUUCCUUAUCUGCUACUUCAAUUCACUUGCAUUCCAUUCCUUCUUCUUCAUUCCCCUCUAUUAGAACGACCACUGUACCUUCCCGGAAAAAUAGCAACCACCGUAAAAACUCCAUUGUUGUCUCAUUCUCAGCUUCUUCAACCAAAGAUAUCUGGAAUAGAAGAACAACAACGACGCCGUCUUCUACUCCCCACAUUCUUCGUCGUCGAAAACAGCAACAAGUGUACUUAGACCACAGCGUCGACAUGGAAGAUCUCUUGUCAUCGAUUCGGCAGACCUCGAACGAGCAAGAACUGUACUCUCUGAUGUCACCGUACAAAGGUCGACAACUUUCCAUACGGUUCAUGGUGACGCUUCUCUCUCGCGAACCGGACUGGCAACGAUCGCUCGCUCUGCUCGAUUGGAUCAACGAACAGGCCUUAUACACUCCCUCUGUGUUCGCUUACAAUGUUGUGAUGCGAAAUGUGCUUCGGGCGAAGCAGUGGCAGCUCGCACACGGCCUGUUCGACGAAAUGCGCCAACGAGCGCUUUCGCCCGACAGGUACACUUAUUCCACGCUUAUUACCCAUUUUGGUAAAGAGGGUUUGUUUGAUGAUGCUCUGUCUUGGCUUCAAAAGAUGGAACAAGACCGUGUUACUGGUGAUCUCGUUUUGUAUAGCAAUCUUAUCGAAUUGUCUCGUAAACUAUGUGAUUACUCUAAAGCAAUAUCGAUUUUUUCGAGAUUGAAGCGGUCGGGUAUUUUGCCUGACCUUGUUGCUUAUAAUUCGAUGAUUAAUGUGUUUGGGAAGGCUAAACUUUUCCGUGAAGCGCGUUUGCUUCUUCAAGAAAUGAGGUUGGUGGGUGUCAUGCCAGAUACGGUUAGCUAUUCAACGAUUUUGAGCAUGUAUGUUGAGAACCAAAAGUUUGUCGCGGCACUGUCUGUUUUCUCUGAGAUGAAGGAGACUAAGUGUCCGCUUGAUCUGACUACUUGCAAUAUUAUGGUUGAUGUGUAUGGGCAGCUUGAUAUGGCCAAGGAAGCUGAUAGGCUGUUCUGGAGCAUGAGAAAGAUGGGAAUUGAGCCGAGUGUUGUUAGUUACAAUACACUUUUGCGGGUGUAUGGUGAGGCUGAGCUUUUCGGGGAAGCCAUACAUCUCUUCAGGUUGAUGCAGAGGAAAGAUAUUGAGCAAAAUGUUGUUACUUAUAACACCAUGAUUAAGAUUUAUGGGAAGUCUCUUGAGCAUGAAAAGGCUAAUAAUCUUAUCCAAGAGAUGCAAAGCAGAGGAAUUGAACCCAAUGCCAUUACGUAUUCAACCAUAAUAUCAAUUUGGUGUAAGGCAGGGAAAUUGGAUCGAGCAGCAAUGCUGUUUCAGAAGCUAAGGACUACUGGGGCUAAUAUUGAUCAGGUGCUUUAUCAGACUAUGAUUGUGGCUUAUGAGAGGGCAGGUCUGGUUGCACAUGCUAAGCGUCUGCUCCAUGAGCUUAAGCGCCCAGAUAACAUACCCAGGGAGACUGCCAUCAUGGUUCUUGCUAGAGCUGGACGUAUAGAAGAGGCCACAUGGGUCUUUAGACAGGCUAUUGAUGCCGGAGAAGUCAAGGACAUAUCUGUAUUCAGCUGUAUGAUAGAUCUUUUCUCAAGGAACAGAAAGCAUGCGAAUGUCAUUGAGGUGUUUGACAAGAUGAGAGGAGCGGGUUAUUUCCCAGAUUCCAAUACGAUUGCUUUAGUCCUAAAUGCUUAUGGGAAGUUACGGGAGUUUGAGGUGGCAGAUGAUGUAUAUAAGGAGAUGCAGGAAGAGGGUUGUGUUUUUCCUGAUGAAGUUCACUUCCAGAUGCUGAGUCUCUAUGGUGCAAGAGGGGAUUUUGACAUGGUAGAGUCACUGUUUAAAAGGUUCGACUCUGAUCCCAGCAUAAACAAGAAAGAGUUGCAUCUUGUUGUUGCCAGCAUUUUUGAAAGAGCCAAUAGACUUAAUGAUGCAUCUCGAAUAAUCAAUCGGAUGGGAAAUAAUGGUAAUUUUGAACUAUUGCUAUCUAGGAAGAGUCUAAAUUUAUGACUAUCUAGGAAGAAAUUUCUGUGUGGAUACUAUAUUUGUUCCUUUAUUGUACCUUUCACACAGCAAACUAAUUUUAUCAUGUUGUUUAUGGUGUUCAUAUCCAUUUCAGGAUCGUGGACAAUGUAUAUAAAACUACUAAUUAGAAUACUCCUAUUUUGUUCCUCUUUCUUUCACUUAA